AUGGCCUUCCAGGUCGUGGCUCAGCACGCUCCUGGCACACCCCAGCCCCGGCCUCAUGAAGGUUCCUUUGACUUCUCCUCAGCCGUCUUCAUCAUGGACACUAUCGGGGGCAGGGAGGUGAGCCUGGGGGACUUGGCAGAUCUCACCAUCACCAAUGACAACGACCUCAGCUGUGAUCCGUCUGACAGCAAAGACGCCUUCAAGAAGACAUGGAACCCCAAGUUUAUUCUCUGCUCACACUAUGAUGGCAUCCGCUCACUGGCCUUCCACCAUAGCCAGUCAGCACCGCUCACUGCCUCUGAGGAUGGCAUCCUUAAACUGUGGAACCUGCAGAAGGCAGUUACAGCCAAGAAAAAUGCUGCCCUAGAUGUGGAGCCGAUUCAUGCUUUCUGUGCUCACAGGGGCCCUGUGCUGGCAGUCAUCAUGGGCAGCAACAGCGAGUACUGUUAUAGCAGUGGGGCUGACGCCCGCAUCCACAUCUGGAAGAUUCCGGACCUCGACAUGGACCCAUACGAUGGCUACGAACUUGUGAUCUUUCUAUCUCUGCCCUUUGAGUAG